CACUGGGGCUGUACCUGUGGACGUCACUACCCCGACUAGCAGCAACUUCCUGAAACUCCGAAACAGGCGGCGACCGAGAGAGACUGACUCUGGACAGAGUGAGCGUGGGGAGAGAGAGAGGGAGAGGGAAAGGGAGAGCGGGACCGUCACCGAGUGAAAGAGACUCCAGGGGUCGGAGAGAGAAAGAAAUACCAGGGGACCGAUGGAGAGAGGGAAGGAGCGAGAUUGACCCGAGACAGAGUGAUAAGCGAGAGGAGAGGAGACGAGAGGAGAGGAGAGGAGAGGAGAGGAGAGGAGAGAGCCGGGCUAGAGUGGGAGAGAGGUGCGGAGCAGAGAUCCGGAGCCGGGAUCCGGAGAGCGGGCGAUCGGACACGGAGGCUCCUCUAGAUCGCCAUGGCUCCGUUUCUGCGCAUCUCCUUCAGCUCCUACGAGCUGGGGCUCCCCCUGAAUCUCUCCGAGAACCAGCAGCCAUUCAUUGCUGUGAAGAUGAAGGAAGCCCUGACCACAGAGCGUGGCAAGACCUUGAUCCAGAAGAAGCCCACCAUGUACCCCGAGUGGAAGUCCUCCUUUGACGCUCACAUCUACGAGGGGCGCGUCAUCCAGAUCGUGCUGAUGGGGAGCCCUGAGGAGCCGGUGUCAGAUGUCACCGUCGGCAUCUCCGUCCUCGCCGAGCGAUGCAAGAAAGGCAACGGAAAAGCAGAGUUCUGGCUGGACUUGCAGCCCCAGGGCAAAGUACUGAUGGCCGUGCAGCUGUUCCUGGAGGACACUGAUUGCCACCAGGAGGUGAGGGAGGAGGAUGGAGCUGUGACGUUGAACCGCAGGCGAGGGGCCAUCAAACAGGCCAAGGUCCACUACAUCAAGAACCACGAGUUCACCGCAGUCUUCUUCCGGCAGCCCACCUUCUGCUCUGUGUGCCGGGACUUUGUCUGGUGAGUGGGGGGCAGGGGAGGUGGUGUGGUCGUGGGUGUGGGGGGGGGCAGGUGUAUUGCCCCCGUGUGACUCUUUCUCUCCCCCCCUCUACCCCCACAGUUCCAGAAGGAGCGGUUCAACAUUGACCUGCCCCACCGGUUCAAGGUGCACAACUACAUGAGCCCCAACUUCUGCGACCACUGUGGCAGCUUGUUGUGGGGGCUGGUCAAGCAGGGGCUCAAGUGUGAAGAAUGUGCGAUGAACGUGCACCACAAGUGCCAGGGCAAGGUGGCCAAUCUGUGUGGAAUCAACCAGAAGCUGAUGGCUGAGGCCCUCAACCAGAUCAGCAUGAAGUCGUCCACCCGCCGGUCUGACAGCAGCCUGCCCGACAGCGUGGGAAUCUACCAGCCCUUCAACAGCUCCGGACACAGCUCCGAUGCCACAGACAACAACCAAUACGGCAAACUGUGGGAGGAGAGUUCACCAAAGCCACCCCAGCGCGGACCCAGUCUACGUGAGGAUCCCAGGAGGAAAGUCAUCAUCGAGAACCUCACCCUGCACAAAGUGCUGGGCAAAGGCAGCUUCGGCAAAGUGUUGCUGGUUGAGCUGAAGGGGACGGGCGAGUUCUUUGCGCUGAAAGCUUUGAAGAAGGACGUGGUGCUGAUGGACGAUGAUGUGGAGUGCACCAUGGUGGAAAAACGUGUGCUGGCCCUGGCCUGGGACAACCCCUUCCUCACACACCUCUACUCAACCUUCCAGACCAAGGAGCAUCUGUUCUUCAUGAUGGAAUAUCUGAACGGGGGAGACCUGAUGUUCCACAUCCAGGAGAAGGGGCGCUUCGACCUGUACAGGGCCAUGUUCUAUGGGGCUGAGAUCAUCUGUGGGCUGCAGUUCCUGCACUCAAAGAAAAUCAUCUACCGGGACCUGAAGCUGGACAACGUGAUGCUGGACAAGGACGGUCACAUCAAGAUCGCUGACUUCGGCAUGUGCAAGGAGAACGUGUUCGGGGAAAACCCAGCAACCACCUUCUGUGGGACCCCUGACUACAUCGCCCCCGAGAUCCUGCUGGGCCAGCGGUACACGUUCUCAGUGGACUGGUGGUCAUUUGGGGUGCUGCUGUACGAGAUGCUGAUCGGACAGUCGCCCUUCCACGGGGAUGAUGAGGACGAGCUCUUCGAGUCGAUCCGUGUCGACGUUCCGCACUAUCCGCGCUGGAUCACCAAGGAAUCCAAGGACCUCCUGGAAAAGCUCUUCGAGCGAGACCCACUGAAGAGGCUCGGCGUGGUGGGAAAUAUCAAACAGCACAACUUCUUCAAAACAGUCAACUGGACGGCUCUGGAGAGGAAGGAGAUCGAACCUCCGUUCAAACCCAAAGUGAAGUCUGCUGGUGACUACAGCAACUUUGACCGGGAGUUUCUGAGUGAGAAGCCGCGGCUCUCUCAGGGAGACAAGAACCUGAUCGACUCGAUGGAUCAGAUGGCAUUCCAGGGCUUCUCCUUCACCAAUCAGAGCAUGGAGCGCAUGCUGAAAUAGCCGAGAGCAAAUCUCCCCACAAGCUAUGCUCCAUGGUUGGGUAAACCCGAGUUGAACCGUGGGGUGAGAGUUAGGAAGAGUUUACGACUCUCCCACUUCUGUUAAUCAUUUCUCAUUGCUGAUUUCUGCUGGCUUUCUGGGAUGCUGGUGAAUGUCUGCAUGACCUUUAAUCUGCAACUGCUCUGCUGCCAUUUCAUUGCUGGGAGGUGCUGUAAACUGGGGCUGGGCUGUAAACACUCGAUAUAACCGGGAACCAAACGCUGGGAACUCCCUGAAAGCGUGACAGAUAUUUAAAAACUCUCAUCCUCAUCUUUGUACCAAUGUCUUCAAUUAAAAUGUACAUUAUUUAAAUUUGCUGAUUAAAGACUAGUUUCCUUUCAUUAAA